CGUGUUUACACCGAAUCCGAUUUAAUGUAUUUCAAAGUUCCGCCCACGUUGUUUGUUUUAAUUAGCGGUUUUUCGGCAAUUCAUGGCGGGAAAAAUACUGUUCUGGAUAUCUGCGGACAGAAUAAUGGCAGGAGGCUUUUUGCUGAAUACGGAAACUCCGAAAUUUUGGCGGCUAGUUUCGAAAAUUAUUUGCCGUCCAACUUGAGGUUCGGUGAUGGAUCGCAAGGAAGAUGCAGUGUCGAAUUAAUUACUUGCCCGUCCUGUAUAAUUCAGCUUAAGUUCAGUUUUUUAAACACGUCUAGAAAUUGCGGCACGUCCCGAGUUUUUGACAACUGCGGUUGCGACUAUGUCCUCAUACACGAACCACCGUUUGAGGACGCAUCUGGAGAGCAGUUUUGUGGGAGAUUCAUUCAAAACAAUAUAUCGAGUUUGGACUAUACCAGUCGCACGAGAUCUGUGGCUGUGACGUUUUUUUUUCACAGUAACUAUGGGCAUGCUUUCACUUUAGAAUUUCACUCAACAAAAAAUGCAAUCAAAUAUGACGGCUAUCCGAAGCACGGACAAGCCAACAACAACAGUCAAAUAGUAACCUCUCCCUUUUUCCCUCAUCUCUAUCCCAAGGAUUUGAGUGUGGAGUACGUUAUUGCGUGCCAUUCCAAAGAGCAGUGUCGUAUACGUUUAAUAUUUACCGACUUUUUGGUAGCCCAGUCGUCGAUAGUGGAAUUCUUCGAUUGGAAUGGCCAAAGGAUGUAUGUGACCACGGGAAACAUUUUUAGACCGCCCAUCGUAAUUACAACGGGUCCCAACUUAACGAUGAAGUUCUACGCUAAUGGGGCAUCAAAUAUUGGUUUUAAAGCUACAUAUUCAUUCAUCUUGGAAAAUAUUGGUGACGGAGUCAUCAAAGCAAAUACUGCUUGUGGAGGAUACGUUAACAAUCUCGGUGGUGCAAUAAAUAUGAUGAAUACGGUAGAAGAGUCCGAGAUUUUUUUUGACUGCGUUUGGAUCGUAAAACCGCCUGUGAAUUAUCUAUUUAGAAAAACCCAUUUGUACAUCAAAGUGGUAAACUUUACCAAUUUCGCUGGCGCAACAGAGCUUAUUGUGCGACCAGGUAUUACCUCGACGGAGUCCCCUGUUGAGGUUUUGAGAUAUCCGUUUCACAGUGUUGCCAAACGAAAAGAGCAUGUGGUGCCGAUAAGAGAGGGAUUUUACAUUUCCUUGCGCGGACUAUUUAAGCUACAGUCCAAACUUACCAUUGUAUACGCUGCUUUUAAUUCUAAAGAGUGUUUCUCUGGACUAGAUUUUCUAUGUCACAACCUAAAGUGCAUAUCCAGAUUGCUAAACUGUGACGGAUUUGAUAAUUGUGGUGAUAACAGCGACGAACCAACCGAAUGUUCCCAAGAUCCCAGAGAUCGUAGACAAUACUCCAAUAUUCCGAAUUUUCUUUUUCCUAUGACCGAUGGCUAUUCUGAUUUGUCGACCGCCACAUUCGUGUUUAUCGUGUGUACAUUUGGAUUAAUGGGAAUUAUAAUUGCAAUGGCGCUGUUGUUGUACAGAGUCAACGUCCGGGCUCGUCACCAGAGGCAAAUUCACGACCAUAUUGAAACUAUUCACGCCAUUUUGGAAGAAGGCGUGGUUGAAUUUGAGGAAGAAAUAAUAACUCCCGAUGAUCCCCCCGAUUACGAACCGCCCCCUGAAUAUACGGACGUUUUAAAAUAUCUCAAAAAAGUGAGCAGCGCUCACUGGCAAAAUAAAAAAUCGAACAGUAUAUCAUCCAAAAAAAGUCAGACAUCAGAGGCAUCCAAAACAUCGACUUUAUUACGUGCCGGUACAGUCGAUACGGAAAGAAGAACCUCCGUUGUAAGUGCGUCCAAGAGUUGUCAAACAACGCCUACGAGCGUUCCGGAAUCUCCGCCCCCCGCGUACGAAAAUGUUGCUGGGCCUAGUCACGUGACAUUUCAAUUUCGAGACAUCGACAGUUCAGAAGUUGUUCGACCAUCUACUUCGGGGCGAGCAAUGGACAUGCAAAACACCUUGGAUAUUUCGGUAACAUGUUUUCCAACUAGAUUUUUUGACGACUUGGGAUUGUCUUGGCGCAACGUCACUAAGUUCAAGCCGAAUACAUCCAGGAAGGCCAGCAAUUUUUUUAGUUUUUCCGAAGAAAAUUUGAUGGGAUAUUUUUUGGAUUCAUUCGAAAUAGGAAAAAUACCAAGGAGUUUUUCAACUGACGAUAUAAGUUCCUUAUAAAAGUUGGUAAUAGUAAAUGUUCAGUAAUAUUAUUUUCUAAGUAUAGUGUCAAUUGUUUUUGUAUAAUUAACUAUUAAAGUUUGUGAAAUCGUU